AGAAGCCGUGCUGGUACUCUGCGCAGCUGCAUGCUGCCCUGGCGAACGGGACUCUCUUCCUGGUUGUGCUGCAGACUUCCUAGGUGAUGCUAGUUGCUGAUAUGUGUUCAAGAUGAGUGGGAUGGGAGAAAAUACCUCUGACCCAUCCAGGGCAGAGUCAAGAAAGCGCAAAGAUCCUGAUCAGCUUGGACCCAGCCCUAAAAGAAGCACUGAGAAACGCAAUCGUGAGCAAGAGAAUAAAUACAUAGAAGAACUUGCAGAGCUGAUUUUUGCAAAUUUUAAUGAUAUUGACAACUUUAACUUUAAACCUGACAAAUGUGCAAUCUUGAAAGAAACUGUGAAGCAAAUUCGUCAGAUAAAAGAACAAGAAAAAGCAGCAGCAGCUAAUGAAGAUGAAGUGCAAAAAGCAGAUGUAUCAUCUACGGGUCAGAGUGUCAUCGACAAGGAUGCACUUGGACCAAUGAUGCUUGAGGCCCUAGAUGGGUUCUUCUUUGUAGUGAACCCAGAAGGUAAUGUUGUGUUUGUUUCUGAGAAUGUGACGCAGUACCUAAGGUACAACCAAGAAGAGCUGAUGAACACAAGCAUAUAUAGCAUCCUGCAUGUAGGGGACCACAAUGAAUUUGUCAAAAUCCUGCUGCCAAAAUCUUUAGUGAAUGGGGGAUCUUGGUCUGGUGACACUCCUAGGCGUAAUAGCCAUACCUUUAAUUGUCGGAUGCUGGUAAAACCUCUUGCUGAUUCUGAGGAAGGCCAUGAUAAUCAGGAAGGACAUCAGAAAUACGAAACUAUGCAGUGCUUUGCUGUUUCUCAACCAAAUUCCUUCAAGGAGGACGGUGAAGAUUUGCAGUCUUGCUUGAUUUGUGUUGCAAGAAGAGCUCCAAUGAAGGAAAGACCACUUCUUCCUUCAUCAGAGAGCUUUACUACUCGCCAGGAUCUACAAGGCAAAAUAACUUCACUGGACACAAGUACCAUGCGAGCAGCUAUGAAACCUGGCUGGGAGGAUUUGGUGAGAAGAUGUAUUCAGAGGUUCCAUUCACAGCACGAGGGAGAAAUCUCUUUUGCCAAGAGGCAUCACCAGGAAGUGCUGAGGCAGGGACUAGCAUUUAGUCCUGUUUAUCGGUUUUCCUUGUCUGAUGGCACUAUCGUUUCUGCCCAAACGAAGAGCAAGCUCAUCCGUUCUCAGACGACUAGUGAACCUCAGCUUGUAAUCUCCUUGCAUAUGCUUCACAGAGAGCAGAACGUCUGUGGAAUGAAUCAGGAUUUGACUGGACAAGGAAUGGGGAAGAUACUGAACCCGAUUAGCUCCAGCAGCCCUGCCCAUCAGGCCAUGUGCAGUGGGAACCCAGGUCAGGAUAUGACCAUCAGUAGCAAUAUAAAUUUUGCCAUAAAUGGCCCAAAGGAACAAAUGGGCAUGCCAGCAGGCAGGUUUGGUGGUUCAGGGGGAAUGAACCAUGUGUCAAGCAUACAAGCAUCCACUCCUCAGGGUAGUAACUAUGCACUAAAAAUGAAUAGCCCCUCACAAAGCAGCCCCGGCAUGAACCCAGGGCAGCCAAACUCUAUGCUUUCCCCAAGGCAUCGCGUGAGCCCUGGAGUGGCAGGAAGUCCUCGCAUCCCACCCAGUCAGUUCUCCCCCGCAGGGAGCUUGCAUUCACCCGUGGGAGUCUGCAGCAGCACAGGAAAUAGCCAUAACUACACCAACAGUUCCCUGAACGCACUUCAGGCCCUCAGCGAGGGCCACGGCGUUUCUCUAGGAACGUCGUUGGCUUCACCUGACCUAAAAAUGGGAAAUUUACAAAAUUCCCCUGUGAAUAUGAAUCCUCCCCAGCUAAGCAAGAUGGGAAGCCUGGACUCUAAAGACUGCUUUGGACUAUAUGGGGAGCAAUCAGAAGGUACAAGUGGACAAGCAGAGAGCAGCUGCCAUUCAGGAGAACAGAAAGAUAACAGUGACAGCAGCAUGCCACCGGUUGUCAGUGGCGAGAGACCUGAUGGACAGAAUAAACUGCACGACGGGAAAAGCCAGACAAAGCUCUUACAAUUGCUGACCACCAAAUCGGAUCAGAUGGAGCCUUCACCUUUGUCCAGUACCAUGGGAGAUGUUAGCAAGGACUCCACGGGAGGGUUGCCUGGGUCUGGUUCGGCACAUGGAACCUCGCUCAAGGAGAAGCAUAAAAUUUUGCACAGACUAUUGCAGGACAGUAGUUCUCCUGUAGAUUUGGCCAAGCUCACAGCAGAGGCCACAGGCAAAGAACUGAACCAGGAGUCCAGUAGCACAGCUCCUGGUUCGGAGGUGACUGUUAAACAGGAGCCAGCGAGUCCUAAGAAGAAUAAUAAUGCACUACUUCGCUACUUGCUAGAUAAAGAUGAUACUAAAGAUAUUGGUUUACCAGACAUACCCCCAAAACUGGAGCGGUUGGACAGUAAGACUGACCCUUCCAGUAGCACAAAGUUAAUAGCUAUGAGGACGGAAAAAGAAGAGAUAAGCUUUGAGCCUAACGAACAGCCAGGCAGUGAAUUGGAUAACUUGGAGGAGAUUCUGGAUGACCUGCAGAACAGCCAGUUACCGCAACUUUUCCCAGAUAGCCGCCCAGGCGCGCCAGUGGGCUCGGUCGACAAGCAAGCCAUCAUCAAUGACCUCAUGCAGCUCACCAGUGACAGCAGCCCCGGCGCGGCUGUGGCCACCCAGAAACCAGCAAUGAGGAUGUCACAGAGCACUUUUAAUAACCCACGAGCAGGGCAACUGGGCAGGUUAUUACCAAACCAGAAUUUACCACUUGACAUCACACUGCAGAACCCAACAGGUGCAGGAACUUUCCCACCCAUAAGAACAAGUAGCCCCUAUUCAGUGAUACCUCAGCCGGGACUGAUGGGCAGGAAUGAAGGGAUGAUAGGAAGUCAAGGAACUUUAGGCAACAGUAGCACAGGGAUGAUCGGUGGCAAUGCCCCUCGGCCUGCCAUGACAUCUGGAGAUUGGGGAAGCCAGGCCUCUGCUGUGAGGGUGACCUGCGCGCCCACAGCUAGUGCCAUGAACAGGCCGGUGCAAGCAGGCAUGAUCCGCAACCCCACGGCCAGCAUCCCCUUGAGACCCAGCAACCAGCCCGGCCCAAGGCAGAUGCUUCCAUCUCAGGUCAUGAAUAUGGGGCCAUCCGAAUUGGAGAUGAACAUAGGAGGACCUCAGUACAGCCAGCAGCAGGCACCUCCAAAUCAGACUGCACCGUGGCCAGACAGCAUCUUGCCUAUAGAUCAGGCAACUUUUGGUAGUCAGAACAGGCAACCGUUUGGCAGCUCACCAGAUGAUCUCUUGUGUAAUCAUCCUUCAUCAGAGUCGCCAAGCGAUGAGGGUGCUCUCCUGGAUCAGCUUUACAUGGCAUUAAGGAAUUUUGAUGGUUUAGAAGAAAUCGACAGGGCUCUAGGAAUACCAGAACUAGUUAGCCAGAGCCAAGCUGUCGACCCAGAGACCUUCCCCAGCCAGGAGUCGAGCAUCCUGAUGGAGCAGAAGGCUCCGGUAUUCUCCCAGCAGUACGCGGCGCAGGCUCAGAUGGCGCAGGGCAGCUAUGCACCCAUGCAGGACCCGAGCUUCCACCCCAUGGGGCAGCGCCCGGGGUACGCAGCCCUGCGCAUGCAGCCCCGGCCCGGCCUCCGGCCCGCCGGCAUCGUGCAGAACCAGCCGAACCAGCUGCGGCUCCAGCUGCAGCACAGGCUCCAGGCACAGCAGAAUCGGCAGCCACUGAUAAAUCAGAUCAGCAGUGUCUCCAAUAUGAAUCUGUCUUUGAGACCUGGAGUGCCAACACAGGGCCCUAUCAACGCGCAGAUGCUGGCACAGAGGCAGCGGGAGAUCCUGAGCCAGCACCUGCGGCAGCGGCAGAUGCAGCAGCAGCAGCAGCAGGUGCAGCAGCGGACGCUGAUGAUGCGAGGGCAGGGCUUGAGCAUGACCCCCAGCAUGGUGGCAGCCGGUGGCAUACCAGCAACCAUGAGUAAUCCACGGAUCCCGCAGGCAAAUGCACAACAGUUUCCAUUUCCUCCAAACUACGGUAUUAGUCAGCAGCCUGAUCCAGGCUUCACAGGGGCCACCACUCCUCAGAGUCCACUGAUGUCCCCAAGACUGGCUCAUACUCAAAGCCCCAUGAUUCAGCAGUCUCAGGCUAAUCCUGCCUAUCAGUCCUCUACGGAGAUGAAUGGGUGGGCACAAGGGAAUAUGGGUGGAAACAGCAUGUUUUCACAACAGUCCCCACCACAUUUUGGGCAGCAAGCAAGCACCAGCAUGUACAAUAAUAACAUGAACAUCAGUGUAUCCAUGGCAACCAACACAAGUGGUAUGAACAACAUGAACCAGAUGACAGGGCAGAUCAGCAUGACCUCAGCGACCUCUGUGCCUACAUCAGGGUUGUCCUCCAUGGGUCCUGAGCAGGUUAAUGAUCCUGCUAUGAGGGGAGGCAAUCUUUUUCCAAACCAGCUGCCUGGAAUGGAUAUGAUCAAGCAGGACGGAGAUGCAACACGGAAAUAUUGCUGACCCUGAGAGUGGUUCGGUUGCUCCUUUCUUCAGCUGACUGGGCUUACGGCCCCAAAUCCUUACCGGUUUGAAGAGCUGCGUCUGUUUGUCGUGACCCAGCUGAGCUGCCAGCGCCGGUGGCAACUGCCUGCUGCCGACAGGACUCAGCCCUGCCUUCCCGAGGGGAGCCGGGCGGUCGUUGCCGAAGAGCAGCCUCUUCUUUGACAGUCUGAAGCUAGCGUACAGACAGUUGCUCAGUCUGUUCACUGCAUUCACCUUAGUGCAACUUAGAUCUCUCCUGCGAAGUAAAUGUUGACAGGCAAUUUUCAUAAACCAUGUCAGAUUGAAUGUAUUUAAAUGUCUGUAUUUAAGGAAAAAACAACCAUGCUCUUGUUCUGUUUCUGUUUAGUUCUAGACCUUGGGUUUUUUUGCUUUGUUAUCCCUGGCUUACUCAGUCUGGUGCAAAGGAUUCAGUUCUGUCUGAAAACUGGUGUUUUAGACUAAGGCCUGCAUUUUGGGGCGGAGAGGAGGCGUGGAGGAGGGUGUCGAAGCAACGUCUGGUACAUAUAGAGACCUCCAACAAGUGCGUUCCACUGACAAGUCAGAGAAGACGAACCAAUGUAGAAAACUACACAGACCAAUUUUGAAUGGGGUUAAAGUUGUAAACCAGAUGAAAAUUACCCUGUUGAGAGGGCUGCUUAUAAGGCAUUUUGGUUGGGUUUUGUGGUAAUGUUUAUAAUGCAAGUCAUUAAUCCAAAAAUACAAGUUGGUUACAUUCUUAUUUAAUUAAAUUCCUAACAAUCAGCAAAUCCUGAUUUUUUUAU